AUGAAGGCGGUGGCUUUGAUCAGUAUAGGGCUGUUGCCCAUCUUGUCAGUAAAGGCAGUAUAUACAUGGCCCUCUCAAUAUGAUCUAUUAGAAGAUAUUCUAUAUCUCCAACAAGGCUGGUUGCGUUAUGGUUUCAGAGACGAUGUAACGCCAUGCGGCUUCUCGCCGGACGGGGGUGGCCGUCAGACGGCAGCUGAAUGGAUACGGACAGCAUACCAUGAUAUGGCCACCCAUGAUAUCGAUACUGGUCUUGGAGGAAUCGACGCCUCUAUAGCCUUCGAGCUUGACCGAGCGGAGAAUCCUGGUUCUGCUUUCAACGGAACCUUUGGGUUCACGAACAAUUAUCAUUCGAUCAAGGCAUCGACGGCCGAUCUCAUCGCGCUAUCCGUCGUCGUGGCCUCGAUGUCUUGCGGCGGUCCAAUUAUUCCAUUUAGAGCUGGACGAAUCGAUGCCAUCGAGGCUGGUGUUCCUGGUGUCCCCGAGCCUCAGCAGGAUUUGGAGACCCACACUGCAAAAUUUGUAAAGCAGGGCUUCAACACCAGCGAGAUGAUUACUAUGGUAGCAUGCGGACAUGUUCUCGGAGGAGUUCAUGGAGUCGAUUUUCCUCAGAUUACUGGUGAUGGCAACGAAACGAAUUUCCCGCAUUUCGACAGCACUCACAACACAUUCGACAAUACUAUCGUCACCGAAUACCUGGGGGAUAAUUCUACCGAUGUGCUUUUGAUCGGCAGAAAUGAUACCUUUAAUUCUGACAAGCGCAUAUUCGCGGCGGACAACAAUAAAACCAUGAUGGCCCUGGCAGAUCCAACUAAUUUUCAAGCGCAGUGCGCGGACAUCUUUGCGAGGAUGAUCGACACUGUUCCUGCAGCUGUCACACUAUCAGAAGUUAUUACACCCAUCGAAGUGAAGCCAUGGGGAAUAUCUUUAACCCUAGCCCCAAACAACACUCUCUCCUUCUCAGGACACAUCCGUGUCCGAACCACCCACCGCAUUGCCGAUGACAUAACCGUAUCAAUCCAAUACCGUGACCGCAACAACAUCACCCCGGAAACCUCCACCAUCACCACCACUCACGAAAGAUACAUGCUAGGCCAGAGUUAUGGUUUCGACAGGGAGGUUUUCACCUGGUAUACAUUCAGCAGUAUUCUGAACGCCACAGCAGGCAUCUCAUCCUUCGACAUCACUGUGCACACCGCCGGAGCAGCCGAUGAAAUCCUCACGAAUAACGGCGCUGGUUUCCCCAUCUUAGACGCAAUCCUCUACCAAUCAGCACAAUCCUGCUUCCCCCAAAUAUCCGUCAACGAAGCCGGCCAAUGGAACAUGACCAUCACGGCCGCCGUGCGCGCCGAUCGUAUCAGCGAACUUGUAGCCUUCGACUGGGUUUACAAACGCGCAACUCAGGGCGUAGCUAUCGCGGCGCUGGAAGUGCAGCGUACGGUUAUGGAGAGGGUGGGGGAGGAGAUUGAUGGGUAUUAUUUAUUUGCGGCGACAAAUUCGGUUGAUACGGCGCAGUGGAGUACGUCUUUUGAUGUGGUGUCGGGAGACGGGGAGGAUAUGGUGAAGGUGGAGUAUUUAUUGACUUCGGCGUUGGCGGCGAGCUGUGUGGCGUUUUCUUGA